CACAUCUUGACUGGGAAUUGGCAUGUCACCGUACCAGGGCCAAAAAGAUGUCUGUUUGGCGGCGCCGAUACGUACACGCAGGCAGCCAGAGCACCACGUAGUCAUGCAAGGAGAGAUCCAAGCAUCGGCCGCACACACAUGGAUGUUUGCUGUUGGAUGGUUGCUAUCGGUGUGGGUGAGGCCACAUCAGCAGAUCUCUCAGGCAGGUGUUCAGGACAGCAGAAGGGAUGGAAGGUGGGCACUUAAUUGUAAGAGAAAGAAGCAGAGCAGGACGGAAAAAGACGUGUGUUUGGCUGUCUACAGACAUAGACAUGCAAACAGCAGCGGGAGCACGAUGCAAUCACGUAAGGGAGAGGAGAGAUCAAAGCAUCAGCACAGUUGUGUGGCCUGUUCACAUGUAGUAGUCGCGCCCCUUCAUACACCAGACCACUAUGUUGCCGCUGGACUCCCUGUUCAAUUCGCGGCACCGCGUGCAAUGUGCGGCCACCGCUGCCCGGAGGUGUGCUUCUUUCGCAUCUUCUGUCUGUGCCAGUGGCAGUGCAGGUGGCAGCCUCACUCUCGGGGACAGGUACGGAAUCAUGUAUCGUGCGGACGCAUACGGAGCGAACGCAGACACAAAGGACCUCCUGCAUCACACAUGUGGACACGUGUAUGCGGACAUAUAUAUGUAUGUCAGGGAUACCUAUAUGGACGUGAUGGUCGACUGGCUCGGGCGAGUGUGCGGUCAGUACACGCGGCUGUAUAUGUGGAUGGCUGCACAGUGCUGUAAGUCAACAAGGAAGAACGUGUGAAUGUGUGUGUGUUUUGUGUUCAGCCAUAUCCAACCUGAAGAUCGGUGUGCCGUCAGGAUAGCUGCCCACUCGGACUGGCUCGUCUACCAGCAUCUCGCCGCCUCGUGACCGCAGCCCAAAGGAUCCACCGCUCAGCGCCACGAGGGCUCACAGUCGAUCCGAUUCACAGUCACGAAAAGCCUUUCAUGCGUCAUACUGACCAUAUGGGCUGAGUGUGAGUUGACGCGCAUGCGGCGAGCGAUGCACAUGGAGUGGCGGCCUCUGCGUUGGGUUUCUGCAUGACAGCAGCCAAUCAAUCUCCCUCUCUCUCUCUCUCUCUGUGUGUGUGUGUGUGUGUGCUGUAGGCGUGCGAAGGAAAUCGUCGCAGGCGUCGUCCAUGCGCUGCGCAAGGGAAUUAUCGUCUCUCUCUGUUGUAGCAUAGGAUAAAAGGGCAUCUAGGCGUGUUUGUGGAUGAGUGAGAAGGCUAGGAUAUGUAUUUGUCGAGUACGCACCGACCUUGUGCAUGUCGUGUAUGCCGUAUAUCCGUUGGCAAGCAUGUUCUCAGUGUCCUCUGUCCGAUCACGAUUUCUUGAAAUUGUCGGCCCAAGAAAGUCAGCACAUGCACCACAUGUGGCCACACGGCUGCGACACCGUUUUAAGCACACGUCCACACUGCCGUCAGGCCAUUUUUGACCAACAGAGUCUACUCGGCCAUCCAUUGGUAGCCGUAGGACUGUAGUGAUCAGCCGGCCCCACACCCCCAGAGGGGUGUGGCGGCCAGCUGCAUAUCUUCUGUACCUCAUUCACGUCUCCACCACUUUCUUAGUUCGUCCGACGUGUGUCAGCGUUGUGUGUUCGUCCCGCUGUGUUCGUUCCGUUGUGUGUCUCUAUGCCCCUGCUGCUGUCCCUGCUGAUUUCUCUUUUUGGUGCAUGUCUGGCUGUAGGCCUCUGUUCUGUGCUGUGCUGCCUUGUCUUUUUCCGACCUCUAUACGCGCGUGACAUGGCAUCUCCCCAAGGGAGAGCACCCAGCCGGUGUGCAACCUGACUGUCUAUGUGCUGCACGCUUGCUGUGCGUCAAUUUUCAUGCACACAUUGACUUGUCUAAGCCUGCGCCACGCCAGCUUGACGCCAUCCCAUUUAAACCCUUUUUCCUACUCGAAUUCUCUCCUAGCUCAAGUGUACUCAAGUGCCCUCCCUCACUGGGCCCCAUGCAUAUGAUGAGACCCCCGACCCUCGGUCAUACAGACGCACGAGUGAGUGAACUACGCAGAGCUGACGCGCAGUAUGGGUGUGAGUGGCCGCACGACUCACCGCAGAUGGCCUGCAAUGGGAAAAAUCUCGCGACAGGGAGAUCUGCAAGCUUAGCCAAAGGGAAUGGGACUUUCCCCCCCACCCCGUGCGUGGUUGUUAGACGGGCGUGUUUGUGUGUGACUGGGCGAUCUGCACUGGCUGGCCACCUGGGGAUGGGCGGUAUCUACGUAUGGAGUCAUGGUGCAGCACGCACGCGCGCACGCCGCCUUCAAGCUGCUGCUGAGGUGGCGCGUGUGCAACGUUGUGUGCCUGCCCGUAUGUUGCCGUCGUUCGCAGCGCAUUGCAUAUCCUCCUGUUUGCUGCAUCUGCCCUCUGCGUGUUGCGUGUCUGUGUUGCGUGUCGGGUGCGUGUUUUCAUGUUGGACAGACCGACAGGGGACUUGGCCGUCAGGCCGCCUAGGGUGCUCCCUGAAACCGCUGCUGCAGGGAAUGGGACUUUCUGCAGAUCUGCUGAUGAGAGGUGCGUUCGCUCAUCGUAUCGCGGCAGAAGCAUCUGCAGAUGAUGAGCGUGUUUCCGCAUCCGAUAAUGAUUCUUCCGCCCGUCGUCCUUGUUGCCCUCUGCUCAUCGCUCGUGGCGUCCUCGCCCCUUCGGCGUACGCUCCAGGCCGCCAAUCAGACGGCUGCAUCCCCUCCCCUCCCUCCGGGCAGGCGUGACCCCACGCGGCUGAAGCUCCUGCAACGCUCUCGCGUCUUCCGCCCUGCUGACGAGGUGGACGCGGAGACCGAUGAAAUGCUGUAUGGCGACAACAUUCUUCCCUACACCGAAAUGGAGGAGCUGGAGCGGUGUGAUUCGUGUCAGGAGGAUGCGGCGGCUCUGUUCGACUGGUCCUACGAGGCCGGAUUGGUGGACAACGAGACAGAGUCCAUCUUUGAGGACAACCUAUGCGUGGUGUCCUUCAUCACAUGUGUGCGGCUGAGUGAGGCGCUGGCCGACGGCGGACCGCGGAAGGGCUACAUCAUCGAUUUGAGUGGGGAUGCCGAUGAUAUGGAGAUAUCGGAUGUGCCGCUGAUCGUGCAGCAGCGAGGCUGGAAACCUUUCGUCUUUUCGGAUGUGUUCUAUCGGCUCCGUCACAUUAUUUGCUUCUCAGCCUAUCAGCUGCCUAUGCAGGGAAGCUUGGGCGACGAGAUCGCGAAAGUGACAUCUCUUCGCGCUAUCUUCCUGUCUAUAGUGGUGAGCUAGAUCUACUGAUGCGCACAUUAACUUACGCACAUUCUUGUUGUAAUGCUGUUUAUCAUGUCAGGACGGCAUGAAUGGGCCCCUCCCAACUACAAUUGGCGAGCUGCCUUACCUGAAGGGCCUGUACAUACUGCUUUCAUCAUUCAGCGGUCCCAUCCCAUCCUCCCUCACGAACCUCUCGCGCCUCGAAGCUCUUGUGCUUGCGAGGACAGACCUCUCAGGACCCAUCCCUCAAGACAUCGGCAGACUCCACCGGCUGCGGAUCCUGGAGAUCUGGAGCAACAAGCGGAUGGAGGGGCCCUUCCCGGCCAGUGUGACAUCUUGCCGCAACCUGAGGCGAAUGGCCCUCGAUGAGACCGGCUUGGUGGGCUCUCUGCCUGUCGAUCUGGGUACCCUGUCCCGCUUGGAUGAUUUGCGGCUGGCGAACAAUUCGCUGAGUGGGGAGCUGCCCCGGUCACUGGUGCAGCUGAGACGGUUGCGAGUACUCAAUCUGUCCAACAACCGUUUCAGUGGCCCGUUGCCGGAGGGGCUGGAGAGCAAGAUGAACAGCCUACAAUAUCUAGAAGGGGUACAUACCGACACACACUCACACCGACACACACGGACAUCAACGACUGAGUCCAUAUAUACGAUCUCCCUCUCCAUGGAUGUCUGCGUAGUUGUCGGGUCCCUUGCCGAUUGAGUUGGGUGGCUGGAAGUCCAUGGAGGUCCUUGAUCUGGAAAACAAUAACUUCAGCGGCCCCAUACCAGCAGAGCUGGGACAACUGUCUCAGCUACGACUUCUGAACCUCGGAAACAACACGGUAGAUACCGACACACACUCAUACCGACACGCGGACACCGUUGACUGAAUCCAUACAUAUGAUCUCCCUCUCCAUGGAUGUCUGUCUGUGUAGUUGUCGGGUCCCAUACCAGCAGAGCUGGGACAACUGUCUAAGCUACGACAACUGAACCUCGCAGACAACAGGGUAGAUACCGACGCACACUCAUACCGACGCACGGACAUCAAUGACUGAAUCCAUACAUAGGAUCUCCCUCUCCAUGGAUGUCUGUGUAGUUGUCGGGUCCCCUGCCGAUUGAGUUGGGUGGCUGGAAGUCCAUGGAGUUCCUUGAUCUGUACAACACUAACUUCAGCACCCAUACCAGCAGAGCUGGGACAGCUGUCUAAGCUACGGAAACUGGACCUCGCAAACAACAGGGUAGAUACCGACACACGCUCAUCCCGACACAAGGACAUACAUCAAUAACUGAAUCCAUACAUAUGAUCUCCCUCUCCAUGGAUGUCUGUCUGUGUAGUUGUCGGGUCCCCUGCCGAUUGAGUUGGGUGGCUGCAAGUCCAUGGAGGUCCUUGAUCUGUACAACAACAACUUCAGCGGCUCCCUAGAGCCGCUCAGCAACUUGACGUCGCUUAUAGACCUGUUCGUGUCCAACAACUCGGUGAGCUAAAGGGGGGGAAGGCGAUGGGGCCGGCAAAUCUGUGUGUGUGUACGCGUAUGUGCUGUGCUUCCGUGUCAUGUCAGUUUGAGGGUUAUCUGCCCCUCGGUUCCCACAGUUUCCCGAAUCUCACCACCAUCGAAGCAGCCAACAAUCGGUGCGCACGCAACACCCACGCAAACACUUUUCAUGUAUGCUGCAUCGGUCGUCAGGCUGACUGCCAUGCUGGACCGCCCCUCCGGUGGCCCGGCGUACCCGAACGUUCGUUAUCUGGACCUCGCCUCCAAUCGUCUUAACACGUCCAUCGACCUGACGUUGUUCCCCAACCUCGUGGAGGCCAGUUUCAGGAACAAUCGCAUCCCGGGAUUCAUCGGCAACGGAUCCAUGCCCAAAUCGUAAGCGACAUAUAGAGAGACGAAGACAUAGUGACGGGUGUUUGCCUGUCAGGUUGUGGUACUUGAGUUUGGCGGACAACCUGCUGACUGCCCUGCCGGAGGGCUUCCGCUCCAUGCCGAAUCUACUGUCGCUGAAUCUCGCCAACAAUCGCAUCAGCCAGUGGCCCACAUGGGGGUCGACACCACCAGGAUUAUGCAAGUGGGAUUCUCUCAGUAAGUUCUUGGAAUACACAGGCGAGCAGGCGGUCGUGUUCUCUCUGUGACGAUGCGGUAGGCUUGGAUAUUGUGAAGGAUGAUCCCCCGCCCGACUGGGGCAGCCUAACCGUCCUGGACGUCUCCAACAAUCCCAUCAACACAGACGUGACCGCAUUCCUAAUGCCCCUCAAAUGGCAGAGAAGGUAAGAAGAUAUACACACGCAUUAAUACACAGACAUGACAUGUGUGAUCGCUGGAAUGCAUCUGUGUGAUCUCCUCGUGUGCGUCAGUUUGAUGGAGCUGGAUGCAUCGAACUGCAGCCUUUACGGCCCCGUGAAUUGCGAGGCUUUCACGGCAUUCGAGGUUUUCAUGGACCAAGGCAUAUCGGUAGCCACACGCAUACACACACACACACACACACACAGAGAGAGAGAGAGAGAGAGAGGGAGAGAAGUGCAGAGGACUUUCCUGUGUGCGUGUGUGUGGUGUGUGCAGGUGACACCUUCAAUCUGGUCGUUUCAGAUGCGUAGGUCGUUUCCUAGCCUGGUUUUUUUGUCUCUGAGGGACAAUCGCAUCACGGCCAUCGACACGGGCGGCGUGCAGCUGGCACUCGACCACGUCGACUUUUCCAACAACUCGCUCGUGGACGUGGCGAGCGGCGACUGGAGUUUUUUCGACGUCCUACAUGCAAGGUUCACGGAGAACCCAGACUUGAGGUACGACUCAGUCGACCCCAUACCGAUUGAGGUGAGAAAAGGCGGGUUGUGUGCGCUGCAGGCGAUGGCGGUGUAUCAUCCUCUGUGUGUGUGAUUGUAUGUCUAUCAGAAGUGUCAGGAUUCGCGUCACAACUUCAGCGAGAUGAUACCGAGACCACUAGUGCCCGAUCCGCAGGGUGGGUACCGUAGCACAGCACACGCAGACAUUCACUGCCAUCGUGAUGACGCCUAUGCGUACUUGAUACAGGAUAUGUCGUGCGGACGUUGGACAACGGCGAGGAGCGUUUCGAGUGCACCGAGUUCUGCUCCACAUUCAACAAAAUUGAGGUCAGCGAUCAGCCAGCCAGCAAAAGACGCUCGCGUACAGUCACUGUGCUCGGUGUCCGCACAGGUCGACUACACCAUCAACUCGGAUGCGCUGUGCCGCUGUCUGCCCGGCUACGAGGGCACGGGGGCCAACUGUACCAUAUGCCCACGGAACACAUACUCCAAGAGAGAUGACGGCACACGAACCUGCGAACAAUGUCCCGAUGAUGCAGGUCAGCAGCAUUUGACCGCUUCCGACUAUAUACACGAUUGGCUUUAAUUGUCCAGGUUCUGACGAGGGGUCAGCUGCAUGUUACUGUCGUCUUGGCUACGAGAAGAGGGGCGACGAGCCGUGCGAGCCGUGCACGGAGGGAUCUGUCGGGGAGCGUAAGGGCGGCACUGACGGUAGCCGGCGCACAUGGAUCUGCCGAGACUGCCUGCCUGGCGUGAACUGCUCGGUACCUGUCAACUACAAGGCAUCAGUCGUUCCAGGAUUUUUCCAGCUCACUGUCGAGCUUCAAUCGGACGCCUCGUCCCACGCCACACGAGAAGUGACAACGUAAGAACACACACUUGGGAUGCAUGUGAGGAGUUGUGCCUACUUUCCUGUGAUCAGGUAUGGUGAAGGCUUGACUCGCUUGCCCAUAGUGAUGCAAUGUCCAGUGAAGUCGGCAUGCCAGGGCACCAAUGAGACUACAGGACUCAACAUAUGCUCGGUAAGAAAUAUAUCAUCUCUCUGGCAGCCGCCUUUGUAUGUACGUGUGCCUUUCUGUGUCUCAGGAAGGGCAUGAGGGAUUCGUGUGCAACCGGUGCAAGGCGACUUUCUCGCGGCAGACGCCCCGUUGGCCCUGCAAACCAUGUGCCGCACUGUGGCAGAUUAUCGUGGUCAAUGUGCUGUUCGUUGUCACAACUCUGAUGGCCAUCUUCAUCCUCACAGCACUCGCGGAAAGGUCAGCACGCAUCUACGUGUCUAUCGCACAAGCUCGUCCGUUCGCACUGUACCUGUGUUGUGUGUUCAGGGCUGCUUCCUCUCCCCGUGCUGAAGUGCCGUCGCAAUUAAUCAAAAUUGGGCUCUACCACAUCACAGCCGUACGUGAAAGAUGACACAUGCGCUCACCUUUCACAACCUCUUUGCUGUGACGGUGUGUGUGCAGGUGGGUGGUCUGGCCUUUGUCGUGUUCGACGAGUCCCUCGAGAACGACCGGAUAUCGUCGCUGAUCGGGUCGUUUUUCGCGUGGGAUGGAGGGGUCUUGCAAAGCUACCAGGUGUGGGAGUGUGUGCUGAGGCGACAUGUGGGCGAGAGAUGCGUGCUCUAUCGACAUGCUUUGUGGCUGGGGCUUCCGCUCGUCUGGCUGACCGUUGUGCCACUCAUUGGUGAGGACACCAGUCUGGAAGGAGAUGCCUUGUGGUCAUUUUGCCUCGGUUCAUGGCUGCAGCAAGCGCGUUUGACAAAGUGCGUGGUGCAUUCAAGUCGAGACGGCGCAGGAGCAGCGACCGUUCGACUGACACUUAUCUGCGAGCCCCCCAGCGCCCCCAGCCUUCAGAAAUGGCAAGGCAGAGCAGCCUGACACACAUGGCCCUCACCAGCGGCCGAUCAGCUUCCAAUGCUCUCGGAUCGAGCCACUGACACCGCCGUCAUGUCAGCACACCUCAGCAGAGCACCGCAAGUGGUGUAGAUGGCGGCAUUGGCUUG